AUGAGUGCCUCCGUCGACAAAACAACCAAGGCGAUCUUCGCCGCAAUCGAGAAUGACGACCUCCUUACCUUUAUGAUCCUAACCGCCCGCCGAACAGAUGGCACGCGCGUCAACCUCGAAGCCAAAAACGAGCACGGCUACACCAUGCUCGAAUACGCGGUCAUCCGCAACCGACCCGACCUGGUCAUGGAUCUGUGUCAAAUGGGCGCGAACCUGAAGACCAACUGGCUGGAGCCCAAGGGGUGGGGCAACAAUUACACCGGCUCGCUCAUCUGCUUCGCCGCCUGGCAAGGCUUCGAAGAAUCCAUAGAGUGGAUGCUGAUCUACCCCUGGAACAAGGCAGACGUUAACGAGCGGAAGCACAAACCGGACGGCGAUACGCCCCUAAUCGAAGCCAUCAGAGGGAACCACCGCGGAACCGUCUCGGUCCUCCUAGAUAAGGGCGCCGAUCCUAAUCUUCUUGUUGGGCUCCACGGGACUGCGCUGCGCCUGGCGUGCUCGGAGAAGUUUAGAGCGGAGAAGGAGUCGUUGCGAGUCGGGGUCGUCAGAGCGCUGCUCAAGGCAAAGGCCGAUGUGAACUUGCCGGCGCACUCGCCACCCCUUGCUGCGGCGAUUGAUUGUAAACGCAGUGACUCCUAUGUCGAGAUAAUCGAGCUACUUCUGAGGAGGAAGGAUCUGGAUGUCAAUUACACGGGCGUGGUGCCGGGAGACAAUCAGCAUUCUCCUGUAACUGCGCUUACUCAGUCCAUUGGCAAGCGGGAAUGGGCGAUAGCCGAGAUGAUUGUUGGCAGUCGGCCUGAGCUUGAUGUUAACAAGGGAAAUCCGUUGGAGUUGGCGGUUCAGAGCGGUGCAGAUGGAGAGGGUCUGGUCCGGAUGCUGCUGGCGACUGGCCGGUUGAGCGAGUCUUCUUAUCAGGGCGCUGUUGAGACCGCAAUCCGGAUGAACAGCCUUGCUGCGAAUGCCAUUGCUCGCGCCAUGUUAAAGGAAUGGGCAGCUGUUGCAGCUGACAUGAAGACUGAACUGGCUAGGCUGAGGGAGGUUGCGGAGAAAGUGUCUUCUUAA